UAUCAUGUUAUCCUCACAAGAUGGCAGAGAGUUCUUCCGGAAUUUUUUCAUUUGACGACGAAAUGUCAGACCAAGGUCAAGGAGGUGGCCAAGUGGAUUCUCUAAACAACGCCAACUCAGCAACAGCAGCUGGUAAGGCUUCGUCAGAAGAAUUCCUUGAACCGAGUGGUUACAAGAAACUCUCUCAAGAUGGAGAUGGAAGCUUUGAUCCAGAAGAUAAUCCAGGAGAUAAUCCAGGAUCUUAUGAGUACCUCUACGGUAGCACCCCACCUCGUCAGAUGCGAAGUGAGAGGAAGCAGACUAACAAGGGGAACAGUGGAAAGGGCGGGAAGCCACCCCGGCUGGUGCUGCAGGGUACUCCUAAGAAAGAGCCCAAGAAGGAAAAAACCCAGAAUCAGGCCAAAAGAUCUCUUGCCAAAAAGAUGGACUCUGCAGACUUUGGACAGUCUGCACAGAAUACCAAGCAAAAGCUUCAUCAGCGGAAGAUGAGAAGUAUACACCUUGACAGGACUAGUGAACGUGAGUUUAAACAGAAAGCCAUCACGUAUGAUGGAUCGGAGUUACACGUGCCCCUCACUCCUACUCAUGUCUUUCGUCCGUUUGACUCGCUGCCAUCCCCCAACCUCAAGAUCGACUCCUCGACAUGUUUCCGUAGCGUCAAGUCCCAGCAGGUGAGUCCCCCGCAUUCUCCAAGAAGCAGGCACAAGAAAACGUCCACAUCUUCAAAGCUACAGUAUGCACCAGAGAGGGUCGAUUUCCACCGUACCUUCUCUGCUCUGAUACGCAUGGGGAGUGCCAAGAAGGAGAAUAGCCAGGAGAUCACCCAGAGGAUUCGCAGACAGGAUGGAAUGACUCAGGAUGUCUUCCAGAUGCAGUGGAAUGAGAUACUGUGGCUGGAGCUCACCGCCUACCAUAAUGAACUCAGCAUCACAGACCAGGAUUUACACCUCAUCAAUGCCCGCAAGAAAGUUGCCGAAGUCUUUGACGAAAUCAUGAAAUUCAAGUACCAAAGUAUGAUGGAAGGCAAGAGCAUCAAGUCAACAUGUUCACUCGAUAGAAAACGAUCGUCUUUCAAAAAUGUGCAAAGAAAUCUUGCCAAGUUUGCAGGUGGAAGGUCCAGCAGCUCCUCGGGCUCCAGCUCUCACGGGGAUUCCGUUGAAACUUCCCAAAUGAAUGGGAAUGCAUGCGAUACUUGUUGUAACCCCAACCCUGUUCAACGGAGACAUCCAAGUGUGUCGGACAACGGAUUCUGUAUGCCCCUCAGUGCUGCCCUUAAUGCGUACAUAACAGACACCAGUGAGGCAUGGUACAAGGUUCAUGCCCUGCUUGAAGAUUUGGAAAAGGUGCAACUACUUUACCCAAACAGCAAGGCACUGCAGAAUGACUGCGUAGAGCUCAGUACACCAGAGUUCACCAAGAGGCUGGAGACAUUGUGCUUAUGGAUGAAUAUUACAAAUGACAUCAGUCACAAAUUUGAACUGACUUCUCAGAUUCUGGGUGUUGUAGACCUAGAGGGUUUGUGGUGGCCAUAUCUGGAUCUCCCUGGGUAUUGUGUGGAAAACCCUUUCCAGUCUGAAUCAUGUAUUGAAAGUGAAAUGGAUGAUGAGGUCAAGCCGAUGGUCAGGCCUACUGCCAGGAGACCUAUGCUGGGAGCCUUGGGUCACUGGGAUUGUGUCCAGUCCAACUCACAGGAUAUGGUUCAGGGGGCAUCUUGCGACACUCAGUCAACCUCCUUGUCACGUGAUAUGUCCCAUGAUGCUUUGGACUCUAGGGAUAUGUCACAUGACCGCAUGGACUCGCGAGAUAUGUCUCACGAUCGCAAAGACUCCUCCUGCCCUCAACUGCCAAACUCCAUCCCAGAAGACCACGUAGAAGACGAUCAAACACCAUUUCCUCCCAAAGGUAGUCAAGAUGAUGACUAUCCUCCCAAUCGCUAUGACGAUGACGAUUACUGCUCUGAGGUGUCCUUUGGAUCAAGAUCAGUUAGUCUUUCAUCUACUCAAUCCUCAAAUCCUAUGCUUCAUAGAACUCGCUCUGUUACCUUUGAUAUUUCCCAGAACGAAUUUGAUGAUUCAACUCCAAACCUUGAGGGAACAGAACAACCAGCAUUGACAAGCACACCCCAGUACAGGAGCCCUCGUACUGAUGAGUCUCCGCGCACAAACAGGAUCUUCAGUGAGUGCCACUUCAGCUUCGACUACGACUCGUCAACGUCCAUCUACAGACCAUUUGUUGACCGCAGUCUGAAGCACCAGGGCUUGAGGAAGAUGACCAAGAGACUGGAUAAGAUGCUGGGUCAUACGAUGAGGAAGAUACGGCUUGCUCUGGAAAAGUCUACAGAUAACACUCAGGACUGUAGGAGAAUAUCAACAGGGAGUGACAUUGACCUGACCUUGAAGCCCUCAGGUACUCCUCAGUUCUUUGAAACCCCCAGCCCAUCCACCGAGCAGACCCACGGCACGCAGCUACAGAGCCAUGGGGCUUGGAGCAAAGAGUUUCAGGAUAUGAGUCUCCCAUCAUUCAUGCCAGCAUAUUUGUUCCUAGUGCGCAUUCCUCUGGAUGUCAUGCAUGAGUGUCUGAGAUUUAGACUAGAGCACAAACCAGAAGCCGAUCCCUCAAGACACAGUAUACAACAGCUUAUCCGUGAAUACAAGGAAGUGAUUGGUGCCUGCACACACGUGAAGCAGUAUUACCAUGACAUGGUGAGCGCUGUUACACUGGGUGAUGUCAGGGCACAGGAGCAUGUAGACAACGACAUUGAUGACUAUGAAAACGAUCUCCAAGAAAUGCUGCAGGUCUACUUUGAGUAUGUCCAUAGUCGCAUGCUGAUGCUACAGAAACUCCCCCAGGCUUCGGUGAGCCUCAAGAACGUCCUGGAAGAAGAAUGGGCGUUUGCCAAGGAGAUGUGCCCCUGUAUACGGGGAGGAGAGGCUCAGGCAGGCAAGAGAUUCUGUAUCAUGGCGAGUAACCUGCUGCAUUCUACUGCGGAGUACCUUGAACAGAGAGUGGAUGAUGAGUGCGCUCAUCUACAGGAUAGCCAUUCAGGCGGUGGAGCAAUCAAACGUAUCAUCACUGGGUCCUGUCGUAAGUUCAGGGAACUCUUUCAUGAGGUGCGUGACAGAGCUGCCAAGGCCCUAGGCUUCGCUAAGAUGUUGACCAAGGAUUUAGAGAUAGCAUCUGAGUUCACUCUGAACACGUCGUUGGGAGACUUGAUGAACAACCUCAAGCUUUCUAGUCAUGUCAAGGUCCUCCUGACCAGUUUCCCCGGUUACCAAGUCUUUGUACCUCAGCACCUUCACCAGAACACCCCUCAGAUUCUCCACCUCCUCAAUGACCUCUGCGGACGAGAGGACUUCCUGUCGACCUCUGACCCCAGCUCUCCGGACGCCAGUGACGGCUAUCUCCUGCUGGUGAAGGACGAGGAGAGAGAGGCGGAGUCAAAGUGGGGCGGAGACACGACGUCCGUCAACCCCAACAUCGAGACAACCAUUGCUACCUCAGACAUACAGGUGGAAAGUAUCCUUCUAGUUGUGAACCACUCAUCACAGUUGACCACGCAACGUAAGGCAUUCCAGAGAGCCAUGGGCAGUACGGUCACUCUGAUCAAUGAACAGACGUCCAGCCAUAACACCAUUGCUGAGGCUCUCGGGGAACUUAAGGAUAAUGCACUUACCCUCUGUGAAACCUUAGUGGCCGCCAUCUGUCAGGUUGAAGAGAACCUCAUCUUAGAUUCCAUGGUUGACGUAGAGGAGAUGGAGAGGAACAACAUCCUCAAGUACUCCAGGGAUGGAAUGUGCCAGUGCUUCUCAGUCGGAUUUGAGUACCACAAGGAGGUGAGCCGGCUGCUGUCCAACAAACGAGGUCUAGGAGAGUCCAUUCUCAAGCUGGCUCAGCAGUGGAUGAACUUUGCCCUCAACAAAUGGGAACGAGGAAAGGGACGAAGACCUAGAUGGGCGAACCAAGGACUGGAGUUUCUUAUUCUUGCUUGUGAACCUCGUAACGUUGCACAUCUUGUAGAGGAAGAGUUCCAGGAUCUUCAGCGUCUCAUGAAGCAGUGUAUUGAACAUGUAAUAGGCAAGACAACUCCACAGAGUCCUGAUCGUAUGGGAUCCCCUGACUUCCUGGGUGGUAAGAUGAUGCGAUCCCGUAGCAGCAAGUCCAUCCGUAGCAGCUCCUCCUCGGACCAGUCCAUCACCUCACCCACAAGCAUGGGAGAUCUUAGGCGCAUCCCCAGCGUGGAGCGAUUCUUAUCCAUCACGUCGUCAAACACAAGCCCAACAGAGGACAGGCUAGAUCCUGGUUUUCCUCGCUACGACAAGCGUGCCAGCCCCAAUCCUGGCUGCUCCUCUCCAAUGCCCUCCAACCAUGUCUUUCGUGCCGUCUCCCGCGACCCCGAUUACGCUCCCCGCGGGGCGAACAACGGCACCCCUACGGGCCCCGCAGGUCAGAGGCGGGACAGACGCUCCCAGAAGGUUCAGGCGUUGGAGCGUCUGGAGCAGGCGCGGAACGACAAGCUGCAGAGGGAGUCAAUGAUAGGGAGGAUUAGCGAUCAACACACCAGUCAUGAGGUGGUCAAUAUCAACUGUAAGAAGGUCACCUUCAGGUGGCAAAGAGGUUUCAAGAUUGGCGAGGGUCAGUUUGGAACGACGGUGUACUCCUGCAUCAAUAUGAACACCGGUGAAACACUGGCAGUCAAAGAGAUGCGAUUCCAGAGGAACGACCAUCAGGUAAUCCGAGACAUUGCGGAUGAGAUUAAGAACCUUGAAGGCAUCCGUCAUCCCAACCUGGUCCGUUACUACGGUGUGGAGAUACACAGGUGUCCACCAAAUCGCCUGGAUUGGAGUCAAUAUGAAGAGCUAUUGAUCUUCAUGGAGUACUGCGACGGCGGGACCAUAGCGGAGGUGGCCAAGACCGGUCUACCGGAGGAGAUGAUUAGACAGUAUACCAGAGAGGUUACCAAGGCGAUUUGUGUCCUCCAUGAUCACAACAUCAUCCAUAGAGAUAUCAAAGGAGCUAACAUCUUCCUGCUUUCUGAUGGUCAUGUGAAGCUAGGAGACUUUGGAGCUGCUAUCAAACUCAAGACGCACAGCACCAUGCAUGGUGAAGUCAAUACCACCAUGGGAACGGCUGCUUACAUGGCUCCAGAGGUGAUCAACCAGACAGGGAAAGAUAAGCCUGGCUAUGGCAGGCAAGCUGAUAUCUGGAGUCUGGGAUGUGUCGUCAUUGAGAUGGUUACGGGCAAGAGACCAUGGCAUGACUACGACCACGAGUUCACUAUCAUGUACAAGGUGGGCGAGGGAGCUGUUCCACACAUACCGGACGCAAUGAAUCCCGAGGGGAAGGAGUUCCUGUCCAAUUGUCUGAAGCACGACUGUACCAAACGUUGGACGGCCAACAAACUACUGGACCACCCGUUUCUUAAGGUCGCUGGUGACAUUAUCGAAGAAGAGACUGAACACUAGCAAGCCACACCCUUCAUCCUCAUCCAGAGUUAAACAUUAUUAGGAGGCACAGAUACCGGUAGUAGCAACAAUUGGUUUGAAUUCUAAGUUAAUGCUAAUGACUGAGGAGGGAAGGGAUGAAGAGAGAAGGUGAGACUAGUUAUGAGAUUUCAUAAGUAUUUGUUAACUGUGUGAGGAAGGAUCCUUGAAGAAUUGCACCAAUAUCUGUGUAUUUUGAAGGUUUCAUAUGCAAUUUACAUUGCUUCUUCAAAAAGCAUGGAAUAAAGAGAAAAGACGAGACUGGUAAACAUAUUUCAUAAGUAGUGUUUUUAUGUAUGUUAGGGAAGUAUCCUAGAAGAAUUGUUGACAAUCUGUGUUUUGUUUAAAAAUGUAAUGUGCAAUACAAUAUAAGAGUCCAUGUUUUACGCCAUCGAGAAUUAAGAUAUAAGAGAACCCCAUGAAGGCUUGAAAUCUGAUUACUCUGAAUUAAUACAAAAUAAUGAGUCAUGUGCACUAAAUUUGUUGGUGUUUGGAUUUUUACAUGUACAGUGGUGAAUGUAGCCAUUUCAGAACAGUUGUGCCAAAUAUCUGUUCAUUUUAAUGUAUGAAAAGUAGUUGAUGUUAAAUUUAAAGGAAUGUUCAUAUCACAUUUACAAGUUAGCCUUAUCUAAAGAAAAAAUUCAAGCUACUUUUAGCAUAAUUGUACAUUGUAGAGAUUGUAAAACUGUUUACAACCAUCACGAUCAAACCUUGCUUUGUAAAAUAUUAUUAAACAAGGGUGCUUUGUACAUUGCCAUUCUCUUUACUUGAUUAUGUGGGAGACCUGUAUAAUUCUAGACCUAAGGUAUGAAAUAGCAUCUCUUCUUUCUCCUUUUAAAGUAGUUCUGUGAGUAGAAUUGAAACUUCCAUUAACCCCUCCUAAAAAACGUUUUUUUUUUCUUUUGUUCCCAGAAUUCCUUUUUGUGUAAAUUCAAGGAAAAGAGUUAUGUAUUUUUAAUUGUAAAAGAUUUAUUUUUCUAUAAGCAAUUUUUUACAGACUUAAGAUCAACAUAGAAAUAACUAGGUACUUAAAACCGGUCAAUUGUUGAAUAUUUUGAUAUUCUAAUUAUUAAGCUAAAACUGAAUUAGGUGUUUUGUAUUUACUGAAAUCAAAUGCUUGUAAAAUGAUCCCUCUUUAAAAGGAAGUUAAUUACCAGGAUUGAGAAAGUGAUCUUGAAGUUGGAGUAUUAUGGCACUGUAAAUAUGUGACAACAUAAUGCGGAACAUACAUGCAUGUAGCACACAAUCAGUAUUAUUAGUACAUUUGUAUCACAGAACAAGGGUUUGAUUCAAAAUUAUACAAGGUAAAGAUCAAGUUCUUGGACUGAAAAGGCUUAGAGAAUAAUUUCAUUUGUCUGGAGCCAGUAGGGCAUUUACUCUGUAAAAUGAUGAAUUAACACCCUCCUGGCUUUCAAACAAAUAAUACCAUGUUCACUACCACAUUAACAGUAGAUAUAUAUCCAUGGAAUCCCCCCCAAAAAAUUGAAAUUGACAAUGGAAGAUGUUUGAUAAUGCAUUAUUGUGAGUGUGAAUAUGACUCUGUAAGUCAUUUUUGUGAAUGUUCAUGUAUCAGUAGUCACUGUGUGUUUAUAAACACACUAGUCCACAAUGUGAAUUGAAUAUAAAUUUACUAUUAAAUGUUCUUUCACUACUAUUGUAUGAUGUAGGAUAAAGAAGCUACUUUUGAAAUAGAUAUAUCCGAUAGACCGGUUUAUUAACAUUCUCAAAUUUAUGGAUGUUUCUUUCCUGGGGACCUAGUGACGAGGUAUUCCAUUAACUUUUAUUAAUGAGUGAACUACAGUGCUUGCAAUCCAAUCUGCAUACAUUAUUUGUUACUAUGUCAGGCAAGUCUCAGGCAAACUGUGAGGUUGUCAAGAACAACAUUUGUUUACAAAGUAUGCAUGAACUUUGGAUAUGAUAGCAAACCGGUCUAUUCCGGAUUUAAGUUGCUGCCUUAAUGACAAUCAUAUCAGUUGACAAUCAUAUCAGUCUACAUGAUCCAAAUUAGCCCCAAGUGCAAAGUGCAAAGUUUAAUGACCCUAAUAGAAACAAACCAGUCUGGACAACUAGUUAUGGUAUGGCAAGAUUUGGUUGCAUGAAGACUGAGGACUUGAUAAUAAUGUGGAAUUGUAAUAGGCGAUUUCUUUAAUGUAUUCAAUUUGGAAUUUAGUGUUUCUUCUCAACAGAAUGGUCAUGUUUGAGCUACAAAUUACCUCAAAAAGUGUAUGCUUGUUGGGUGUUGCAGAGAGAAAUUGAAUUGAAUUCUGAAUUUUUGAGCUUGUAAGCAUUAAGAUUCAUGAUGAAUAUUUACCUACAUGUAUUUAUGCAAGAAAAAAAUAUGCAUGUGUAUACAGUGCGUCCCAGAAUAACAAAACCUGAAAACAAACAUUUAUUGGUCUGUUUUUCUUCUUCUUAGAUGCACUGUAUAUAUGCUAUUGUGCUUCUGUCAUUACACCUAUCAAAAACAGCUUGUAGUAUUUAGUGUAAUGUCUGCCUGGCUGGAAUGCUCCCCAGGGAGUGGAGAAUGUGCAUAUUUUGUGUGAGGGCAAGCCUGAAUCCGAUGACCGGGAUAAUAUAUCUGUAAAGCGCUUACAGACAUCAUCGAUGUAUUAAGCGCUAUAUAAAAACGGAAUAUUAUUAUUAUUAGACACUACAUUAUUUUAAUCUAUAUGGCACUUAACGUAUUUGAAAUUGCAUUAAUCUCUUCAGCUGCCCAAGAAAAUUGUGUUUUGGCAAUGACUGUUUCAAAUGUCAUCACUGUUGCUGUACAAGUAUUUGAUGAUUUGAUCGUCGGUACAAACACAAAACCAUUAUGCCACUCUGUGCCUCUUUACUGCCCUGUUUCAGCUAGAUAAGAACAUUUGGAAAGAAUGUGAAUGUUUUAAACUUUUGCCACUAAAAUUGUCUGCCUUCAAUAAAAAAAAUGAAUUUAUGUUUUAUGAGGUUGAAGACAGAAAUGCUCUCAAAAUUUGUGAGAUAAACUUUGAUAAACUGUAAGGAUGCUCAUUAAUAGCAUUUUUUCAUAUUUGAUUACUUACACAUCUGACACAUGCUGCCUUCAAAGAAAUUAAACUGAGCUGCAAAAGAGAAGUGAACUGUGCUUCUUACAAAAUUGUUUAGCACAGCAGAAUGUACAAUAUGUAAGAAGAAGUUGGGAGCUACAUACUACAUAUUUGUUUGCAUUGUUUGAGAGUAUACGGCACAGAGAUUUAUUUCACUAAGUAAGCAAAGUGAGUGAAUACUGUACACAAUUUGUAUAUUACUUGUAUCAUAUAAAACUUGAUGAACCAUCUUGACCUUUGAACCUAGUAUCAUAUAACCUGUCUUAGUGGCCACCUCUCUACAAAGGCCACCUGUCUAUAGUGGCCAUGUAUCUUGUCUCCCUCGAGAAUGAACUGUGUGUUGUAGAACCUGUCUAGAAAGGCCACUCGUCUACAGUGGCCACUUUUUCUUUUUUGCACUGGUGGCCUUAAUAAUAGAAACACUUGACUGUAUUUACACAUUUCUUGUAUUUAUCAAUAUUAAACACACAUUGAUGUCACUUGUGGCCUGUAUGAAAAUAUGAAAAUCAAAUCAAAUGUCUGUAAAAUAAACAGUAUCCAUGUAUCUUGUAUCGAACAUGUACAGGAGGUGUAUAUGACAUGUAUAUAAACAUUUUAUGCACAAAGCUACAGCGUUUUAUGUGAACUAGGAGAUCAAUGUUUUCUGCAACACUAAUGGUAAACAUUAUGUCUACACUAUCAUAUGAGAGACAGGAGGACGUCAACCCUGUGUUCAAGGAUAUGAGUUAACUGUAAUAAUGUCCUUCUGUCUCUAAGCAGGUGACCUGGGCCAUGUUUCAUGAAACCUGUUCAAUAACAAGUCACAAGACAACUGUUGUAAGCUACUGAAAUCGUGGCAUUUGAUUGGCUAAGAGCAAAUUUGUCAUGAUAUUUAGCUUCUUUUUUUAAAUUUUGUUAUCGAUAACAAGUUUUAUGAAACAGGGCCCUAGCUGGUACUACUGCAGAAAGCUAUUUACAGUACACAUAUUUAUCAUAGAUGUUUGGUAUCUUUAAUGGAGACGCAAUGUGACUAGUACGAUGUACAUGUGUCAACGGGGCAUUUUAUUCUACUACCAGUGAUGUGAUGUUUUCACUUCUUAACGUGUUUGAAUGAGUGAAUGAGUAAAUGUAUGUACCGGUAAUGCAAAAUGGAGUUUUCACGUAAUAUACAUACACCGUUUAUGUAUAGUACAGAGACAAUAAUAGAUUAUAUAUUUAUGUAUAACUAUAUUCACCUGUGUGAUAACUUCUAGCUUUAUUUUCUGACCUCAUUCAUUUGACAGGUCGUGUUUGCGUUAUGAUCAUAAAAAAUAAACAGUAUUAUCACCAGAAUAAUGUGUGGUUUAUAUGCAAAGGAUAAUGAUACUGUAGAGUGUAGAACUAGGCAGUGCAUGUACAGUAAUACCACUUGUUUGGAAUUUUCCUAUGAAAAUUGAUCUUGAUAAUGAAGGAAUUCUUUCCAUCAUCAUUCUUCUGUGCAUCCUUUUCCUUUUUUUUCAUGCUUCCUCGCUCAAACUCAGCUGAAAAUCUUGUUCAUUUAUCUUGUCAUGAAAUCUUUAAAAUGUAUGUCCAUGUACAACCUGGAUUGAAUAUUAUUGGAGAGCUGUGGCUAGAUUUAUAAAUGUAUCAAGUAUGCUUGAAAAGUCUUGAUAUUACUAAUUCAACAAAUAAGACUAUACAAGCUAUCUUUCUUCUUUUUCUUAGAAAAUUAUACACUUUGUGAAAAAGAAGGAAAAACCCUGUUAAAAAGAUCUUGACUUUCACCACCUGUAUGUGAAUACGCCCCAGAAAUUAUUUUUUGAAUGAAAGCAUGAAAUAAUGUUCAUAUUCCCAGUUUUCCAGACAUAAUGUUGCUUCUUAAUGAAAAUGAAAUGCUGCUGCUCAAUAGAAAUAGAAAUAGUCUCUAUUUUAUUAAAAAUGCUUCCAACUUUCUUUGAAAUUGUCAUUGUCUUCAUCACUUUUUGCAAUUCAUCUUCUGUGUAUUAUAAAGCGAGAUGAUAAGGCCUUCACUGUAUAAAAUUUGUGAUUAAAAUAAGUUUCAACUGUCAAAUCGCGACUCUUUACGAUUGCCCUUACAUGUACCGGUAUAUGUUUAUGUGUAAUGCUCUUGCUGUGUGGUACGGUGUAGUAAUCAUCAUAUUAUGUACGAUUUGUCAUGAUUGAAAACAAAAUACAGGUUUUCAAAGUUUAAUGACCUUUCUUUGAGGAAAUUCUCUGGUAUAUCUGGUAGAGUAUCAACUAAGUGUAUUAGUGCAAGUUUGUGAGGUGAUAUUUUUUGAAAAAAAUGUUCUAGAAUCGAAUUUAGGUCACAACCUGAUUUGCAUUUUUAAAUGACAACGACACUUAUCACUAAACGAAAGACACGUAACAAAAGAAUGUAAGUCACUUUGUUAUGGCUAAUACUCGCUGGAGGGGUAUGCCUUUUGCUGGUCGUUCGAUAUUCAUGAUCAUAUGUCUUUUAUUUGUUGACACGACUCUCAUUGUAUUCUAAUAGACUUGUUACUGCUGAUAAGCUGAGUGUUAAUAAACACAAUCACAAAAUCUCUACAAAUAUGGGGUAGAGACCAUGUCUGAGGAAUGUAAGGGGUAGGGGUAAAGGAAGACUUAAUUGAAACCUUGGAUAAUACAAAUCAAGUAGAUUCUGCAAUAUGGAAAUAUGUGUUCAUUGCGACCAUGUUUUAGGGUUGAAAUAACAUCCACCAGAAGAUCCAUAUAUCCAACUCAUUAAACAAAAUGAACCACCUUUCAUUGUAGACUCUUGAGAUAUUUAGUCUCAUGUUUACAGGUGUUUUGGGGCCCCACCCCCUACCACCACCCACCUCAUUUCAACCCCCUCCCACCUCCCCAUUCCUUACUGCUACCCAAUCCCACCUCCUGCCAACACCCUACCCCCUAUUACCCAUACCAUCUUUCUACUACCACAUCGCCCACCUCCUACCAUCACCCCACCCCUUCUCUACCACCCCCUACCACCACUCCACCCACCCCCUACCAUCACCCACAACCCUUCACCACCCCAUUCCUGUGCUCUUCUCACCCCUUUGGCCUAUAGUAAUCUUCAAGGUCAAGGAGAGCAGCACUUACAGAGGACUGAUACAAUAAAAUUUGAUCUGAGCCACUUCAAGGCUGAUGCCAAAUGAGUAUUAUUGGUGAUUAAUGGCAGAUUGUUAUCAAAAUGAAUGUUUACAUUUCAAGCAUGAUGAACAUCUGUUGAUUAUGAAGUGUGUACAGAGUAGUAAAAAGAGCUUCUUAUUUUUGCUAUCUCUUUUUAAGUGUGAUCGAUAGAUCAUGUGUGGAUGUAAUGAAUAGGACGGUUUUUGAUUGCCAAUAUUGCAUAAUUUUAUUCCUCAGAUCAAAUGUAUUUGAUUACCUUUGUCACAGGUCUGUUUAAAAAAGGAAAGGUAAUACUUCUGUUUUGUUUGAACAGUGUUUAACUUGUCAUUUUGAUCAAGACAAGAAAGUUAUUGACUGGUUAGGUCUAACGUAUGUAUUGUAGUGUGAGUUCAAGGUGUCAAGAACAAUUAUUAUGAGAAUUCAGCCAUACACAUACAUGUACAUGUAUACAAGUAGACCUAGAAAGGCACAUUUGUCUUUCAUCAAGACUAUUUUUUCCGCUUCAGAUGAACAUUGUAUACCUCAGCUUGGCUAAAAAAGUUCUGGCCUUCACAGCAAUUCAGAGUUUGAUAUUUGUAAAAUAGCAAUCAUUAACAAUGUUGUUUAUGUAUAUAUUUGUAUCUAUAUUGAACAUUUCAUUGUUUUGUGAAUGCAACAUAUAAAUGAAUAGUUUUAAUACACUGAAUGUAAAGUUACUUAUUUCAAUUGAGAUAUAUUUCUGUCUAUUUGCAUGACACUAGAACUGUCCUUUAUUUUUGCCACAAGAUAUAUAUCUGCCUUAAACUUCUUAUUUUCUUUGUGAUUGUGAUGUGAAUUUGAAAAGGGUUGUUUGCAAAAGGAGCGUAGUAUGUCAUGUGAGUGAUCCAUAAUAAGAUGCUUUAUAUGUAUGUAACUAUGUAUGUGUACAUCCAUGUACGUAAGUGUACAUGCACAUGUGUCACAUGUGAUAUAAAUUCAUUGUUACAAUUUGUUUAUUGCAUAAUCAUUAUCUUGUAUGCAUCAUUAUAAUCACAAAGAGGAGAUUUAAUGCUAAUUAUAACGCUUCAAUAUCUGGUACAUCAUGUAGCACAAUGGUACAUAUUGAAUGUUCACAUUUAAUUGAGCUCACAUUCUACAUGCUGAAUUCUAAGUACUGGGCUAUUUCACAAUGCUUGUCCUAAAGAUUUUUUUUCUUCUUCAAAAAUGUCUU